UCCGGGUAUACGACAACUUAAAAAUCGUUGCAGCUUUUCGUCACUUCUGGCCUUAUUGGUCGGUCUGUGAAUCGGCGAACGUUUGCUGAAGUUUCGACGUUCCUUUUUUGCUAUGUAUCACCAACCCGUGUUGAAGAACAGGCGUACACUCUUGGAAAGAGCCGAGAAGUUCAUCUCAGAUGUUUACUUCACAGACUGCAACCUGCGAGGACGGCUGUACGGAGAGUCUUGCCCUUUGGACUCCCUCAGCUCAUUUAUGUCCCCCAAACGGAUGCCACUGAUGGAAGCACAAACACAGAGCUUUACACCCUACAAAGUAGGCGAUACCUUUGGACCAACUUGGUGGACUUGUUGGUUUAAAGCAACCCUGAAAAUCCCAGAGUGCUGGAGAGGUAAAGAGGUUCAUGUUCUGUGGGAAAGUGAUGGUGAGGCAAUGGUUUGGAGGGAUGGACAGCCAGUUCAGGGUUUGACUAAAGAAGGUGAAAAGAUGAGUUACAUCCUGUCUGACUGUCUCACAGAAGAGGAACCGCUCAGCAUGACCAUCUAUGUGGAGAUGGCCUGUAAUGGACUCUUUGGAGCCGGCCGUGGGUCAAUGAUUGCAGCUCCAGACCUGAGCAGGAAGUUUUCCGUGCAGAAGGCGGAGCUUGUGGUGUUCAACCGGGAUGUUAGGGAGCUGAUGACUGAUUUCGAGAUGCUGAUUGACAUCGUCAAGGAACUUGGCGAGGGUGAGCAGCGUAGCUACCAGGCGCUGUUCACCGUCAAUGAGAUGGUGAACGUGAGCGACCCCACUGAUCCCAGCUCAUUCUCUAAAGCGCGCAGUCUGGCUCACAAGUUCUUCAGCCAGCGUAAUGGACAAAGCCAGCACACUGUCCAUGCAAUGGGCCACUGUCACAUUGAUUCAGCUUGGCUGUGGCCUUAUGAAGAAACUAUUCGCAAGUGUGCUCGGAGUUGGGUGACGGUGAUACGUCUCAUGGAAAAGAACCCAGAGUUUGUGUUUACAUGUUCUCAGGCCCAGCAGUUUGAAUGGGUGAAGUGCUGGUACCCAGGACUUUUCUCGGAGAUUCAGCAUUACGUAAAGACAGGCCAGUUCAUCCCUGUCGGAGGGACAUGGGUGGAGAUGGAUGGCAAUCUGCCCUCGGGAGAGUCCAUGGUCAGGCAGUUCCUGGAGGGACAGCGUUUUUUUGAGCAAGAAUUUGGGAUGAGGUGCAAAGAGUUUUGGCUUCCAGAUACCUUCGGCUACUCAGCUCAGCUCCCUCAGAUAAUGCAGGGCUGUGGAAUUUCCAAUUUCUUAACACAGAAACUCAGUUGGAACCUUGUGAACAACUACCCUCACAGCACAUUUUUUUGGGAAGGCCUUGACGGCUCCAAAGUCUUGACUCACUUCCCACCUGGAAAUUCCUAUGGCAUGGAAGGCAAGGUUGAAGACCUUGUAAAAACUGUAAAGCAGAACAAAGACAAAGGCAGGGCCAACCACAGCGCCGUGUUGUUUGGUUUUGGUGAUGGUGGCGGCGGUCCCACGCAGUUGAUGAUGGACAGACUCAAGCGGGUCCAGGACACAGAUGGGCUUCCCAAGGUUCAGAUGUCCUCCCCAGACAAGCUUUUCUCUCAGCUUUGGGCUGACUCACAUCUGCUGUGCACUUGGGCAGGAGAGCUUUUUCUAGAGCUGCACAAUGGCACAUACACCACACAGGCGCAGAUCAAGCAGGGGAACCGCCAGUGUGAGACACUCCUACAUGACAUUGAGAUGGCCAGCAGCUUGGCGCUUUGUCGGAACACAACUUUUCAGUAUCCUGUAGUGAGACUGCGGGAACUCUGGAGGCUUCUGCUGCUAAACCAGUUCCAUGACGUAAUCCCAGGCACCUGUAUAGAGAUGGUUGUUGAGGAUGCACUGAGGUAUUAUGAAGAUAUCAUUAGAAGUGGUGCCGCACUCCUGCAAGAUGGCCUCAGUGCUCUGGUGUUAAACGGCGAUGCCACAGGCGUCUUCAACUCUCUGCCCUGGGAGCGCCUUGAAGUCAUCCAGAUUCAAGAUGGUCCCAGUAAACACGGUUUGGCUCUGGUACAAGUUCCCAGCAUCGGUGUGUCUCUUAUUCAAGAAACAAAGCCCGUGACUCCAGUCUGUAUUACUGUUCAGGAAGAUGGCAGUGUCCUCAUGGAAAAUGGCACCAUACGGACAGUUGUGAAUAAAGAUGGCACAUUGGCAUCACUGUAUUUGAUCACUGCAAGCAGGGAAGCCGUUUCUGUUGGCUGCUGUGGUAACCAGUUUGUCUUGUUUGAUGACGUACCUCUGUACUGGGACGCAUGGGAUGUAAUGGACUACCAUCUUCAGACAAGGCGGCCUGUGCUGGAGGUGGUGCAGCCUGCUCAUGUUCUCUCUUCUCAUGAGCUCAGAGGAAGUGUCAGCUUCACGCUCAAAAUCAGUGACAAGAGUACAGUCACACAGGAGAUAGUGAUGGACGCCAUGUGUCCUUUCAUUAAGUUCAACACGCAGGUGCACUGGGCUGAGUCACACAAGUUUCUUAAGGUUGAAUUCCCAGUGCGAGUGCACAGUCCCAACGCGACAUAUGAGAUCCAGUUUGGACAUCUGCAGAGACCUACACACAGGAAUACAUCAUGGGACUGGGCUAGAUUUGAAGUAUGGGGUCACAGAUGGGCUGAUUUGUCAGAGCACAAUUUUGGAGUGGCGCUGCUCAAUGACUGCAAAUAUGGUUAUUCUGUCUUUAAGAACACAAUGACACUCUCUCUGUUGAGGGCACCAAAGACUCCAGAUGGCAAUGCUGAUAUGGGAACUCACCAUUUCACCUAUGCAGUCAUGCCACACACUGGAACCUUCCAAGAUGCCGCAGUCAUCCAGUGUGCAUACAACCUCAAUUUCCCUUUAAGGUUAACCCAGUGCUCCGUUGACAUGGCGCCCUGGAGCGCCUUUUCCGUUAGCCCUGCAGCUGUCAUCCUUGAGACUGUUAAACAGGCGGAGGACAGGAAGGGAGCCCUGAUGGUUAGAAUGUACGAGGCUUACGGCGGACAUGUGACUGCAACCCUCCACACAACUCUUCCAGUCAGGGAGGCCUGGCAUUGUGAUCUUUUAGAGAAAAUAGAUGCCACUCAGCCAGCACAUGUGACUGCAGACGGGAUCACUCUCGACUUCACCCCAUUCCAAGUCAGAUCACUGCUGGUUAUAUUUUGACAGGUAAAUCACUGUUUAUGGAUUAAUAAUGGAACUUUCAAAGUCCCUAAAGGUCAUUUUCAGGAAAGGUUUGCCAAAAGUUGAACAAAACAAGUGGUGGGCUGAAAAUGGGCCUCACUUGGGACACACAUGCAUUAGUUGUAUAUUCUGGUUGUUUGAGCAAAUAAUGUACUGUACUGUGAUUGAAAAUGUGCCAAGUUAAAAGCUUGUAAAAAAUGUUUUAUUUAAAAAUAUAUCAUGGAUACUACAAUACUUUUCAACCAGAGAGGAGAAAUAUGAUCUCAGGGAAAAACUAAACUUAAAACACUUACAUAUACAUGAGAACAACGCUAAAAACCAACAGCAUUUCUGUAUGUGAAAUCAAAUUAUGGAAUGGAUUGAGUAAGGAACUCAAAGCACCAAGAUGAGCGAUUUAAUGAAACAAUACAAGCAGUUGAUGUUUGCAAAAUACAAAGAAGAAUCUUGAACCACUGUGUACAAAAUGCUAUGUCUAACCACUACAACACUCAUUACUCUUAUUCUUGAGUUCUUAUUCUUCAACUACGGUAUGUUCUGUUAUGUCUAAAUUUAUUAUUAUUUAUGUAUUACACUGAUUAUUAUUUAUGAUGAUUGUGGAAAAACAUUGACAAUUACCUCAUCAUUUUCCUAUGUGUUAACUGAUAAAGACCACAAAUGAAAUACAAAAAGUGAGUAAAUGUAUUACAAAUGAUGUGAAACAGAUGGGUGGUAGGAUUAAAUAAGCUUUGCUUCUUCCUACUCCUUUUGGACAUGUGAAAAUGUUAAUUCUACUAUGUGAUGUAUUUCAUUGUAACUUGUAUGCAUGUUUAAAUAAAUUAAACCAUUACCAUGGAAUAAAAA